GCGGCUCUGGGGCGGCCCGGCCCGGGCAGAGCCUUCCGACGCCGCGAUGAGCAGGAUCUCCAGGUUCUUCAAGGGGGGCGGCUCCACGGCCUCCAAGGGCCGUGGGGGGCCCUCGCCGCAGGAGGCCCUGGCCCGGCUGCGGGAGACGGAGGAGAUGCUCAGCAAGAAGCAGGAAUACCUGGAGUCCAGGAUUGAACGGGAGCUGUCACUGGCCCGGCAGCACGGCACCAAGAACAAGCGAGCUGCCUUACAAGCACUGAAGAGAAAAAAGAGGUAUGAGAAGCAGCUGAGUCAAAUUGAUGGGACGCUCUCAACCAUUGAAUUCCAGAGAGAGGCACUGGAGAAUUCGCACACGAACACAGAAGUGCUCAAGAAUAUGGGAUAUGCUGCACAAGCUAUGAAAAAAGUGCAUGAAAAUAUGGACUUGAACAAAAUUGAUGACUUGAUGCAAGACAUCACUGAACAGCAGGAUGUUGCUCAGGAAAUUUCAGAAGCAAUCUCAAACAGAGCUGCAUUUGGUGAUGAAUUUGAUGAGGAUGAGUUGAUGGCAGAAUUAGAAGAACUGGAGCAAGAAGAAAUGAACAAGAGAAUGCGAGACGUCAGACUGCCAAGUGUUCCAUCCACAUCUCUACCUUCUCGCCCUGCUGUGACCAGGAGGAGAGUGGAGGAUGAAGAUGACAUGAAGCAGUUAGCAGCCUGGGCUUCCUAAGAGCACAGUGUUUUCCCAACAUGGAUUGUUAGAGUACGGAUGUAAAGAGCUACAACACUGUUAUAAAUGUACACAUUUAGUGUGCUUGUAUUUCAUACACUUUUAAAAAAUAGUGAAUCUUGCUAAGAAUAGUGUGAUUUCCAUAUUACAAAAUGAGUUUUAAACCAAGCAAGCAGAAAACAAUAAUUCCAAAGCCUCCAAACUCAACGUUUAUUCCAGCCUAGGCCAGAGACGUUUUGUUGUUAGUAUCAGUUCUUAUUAGGUUAUGUCCUGCUGUUCUGCGAGACCUCGGUGCCUCACCUGUGCACACACACAGAUGGAUGUUCAUUAUUGCAAUUAUUUCAUUACUGCAAUGAAAAAGAUAAGUAAUGGAAGGCCCAUCCUACAGGGUCACGUGGUUCGGACUGUUAGCCAAACAGCUUUAUACAAAGGACCAGUGAGACCCUUUGAGCCUGAGAGCUGGUAGCUAUUCAUUUGGGCACGGAGACUUCCCAGACUGCCUGGAGCACCUUGUGGCAUCCUAGAUAUUAAGAGAAGACUCUUCUGUAGAUCUUUUAAUAGUCUGUUAACUGUUUUGCUUCUUUGUUUUAACUGUGGCGAGUGACAGCAAGACUAUUCUGCGCACAGCUGUAUUGUCAACCUGAAUCACGUUUUAAACUAUUUCCAGCUCAGCUAAAUAGCAGCUCCCCUGUGACUGGGGAAAAUAACAGCGUCCAAGAUUGUGUAGCUCCCUGCUAAACACCGAUCCCUUAAAAAAGCCAGAAGGGACUUAGCCCUCCUGACAUCCUUUUUUCCACCAUGGCAUCCUGGGAUGUGUCUUUGCACUGGUUGAAAAUACCCAUCUUCAGAACUUGAAAUUAUACUAUUUCAAAAUAAUUUUUAUUCAGUUCCUGAAUGGAAGUAAUAUCAGUGUGUGGUAUUCAAAGUGCCUUUUUAACCCUUUCUACUGAUCUAAACCUCUUGUAAAGUUGACACAUUAUUGUCCAGCCGCCAGCUUUUUAGUGUACAGAUGCCACUGAGUGCUAACCUGCUACAUAUAUAGAGACACCACUGUUAAAAUACAAAACAAAUUAAGUAUGCUGGCUUGUACAAAGAAAUUGUAUUUAAUAAGACUGAAGCUCCAUGGUGGGAACUUGCUGUAAUUCACAAGGAAAUAGUAAAACACUGUGGAGCUCAAAGGGAAGUGGAAGCGGAGUCACAUUGAUCUUUGUUCUUUUCAAAUUGAUGUAAUUUUGUGAUGAUUGAACCACUUGGGGAAUAGUGGGAGGCUUGCUUUCUGUAGAUCUAUAGCAGCAGGAGACUGACCAGUUACCCUGCGGGCUUUUGCCUGUGAUUUACUUUAAUAGCCUACAAUAGGCUCCUCACUAUGGUAUUUUUGGUUAAGCUCAAGCUAAUGUGUGUUUCUGGACAUGGCAUUCUGGUGUGCCCAGAACCUUUCAAAUUAUGUUCUUUGAUUGAAACCCAAGAUUUACUAACGUGUUUAAAAUUUUAUUUCUUCAGUACUUCAUUAUCUGCAGUGGAAUUGCUUUUGGUUUCAUCCACCUGAAAGUAGAACUCAGAAUCAUAGAAUGGCCUGGGUUGAAAAGGACUGCAAUGAUCAUUGAGUUUCAACCCCCCUGCUAUGUGCAGGGUCGCCAACCUCCAGACCAGGCUGCCCAGAGCCACAUCCAGCCUGGCCUUGAAUGCCUCCACGGAUGGGGCAUCCACAGCCUCCUUGGGCAACCUGUUCCAGUGCGUCACCACACUCUGUGUGAAAAAAUUCCUCCUGAGAACUGACUUGCUGCUUCACAUAAAUUGCCAGUGGGGAAAAAUAGUUUGUAAUUCUGUUUCAGAACUUGGAAGUACCACGAAAAUGGUCUCCUUCUGUUGGGAGUAGAGGAAAAACUGGAAACAUUCCACUUUUGUUUUAAAACAAACAAAAACUAAAGCACUUCCUUAAAUUUAAAAGUGCACUUUGAGCUCUGUAGGAAACCAAACACUAACAAAAUGUCGUACAGUUUCAGCGCUUGCUGAAAUUCAGGAUAAGAUGCUAGCUGAAGGCUUUCUUUGUGGGCUUACUGAAAUAGACUAACAAAUAUUCUGAGUUAGUUGGAAUCAGUUUGCUAAUUCUUUCUGCUGGGAUCCCGUUUUCAAGGUUGAGGCAGUCCAUAGAAUCAUAGAAUGCUCUGGGUUGAAAAGGACCACAGUGACCAUCUAGUUUCAACCCCCUGCUAUGUGCAGGGUCACCAACCACCAGACCAGCAAGUCCCUGCCCUAGGUACAGAAAGUGUUGGUGGAUGCUGGUUGCAAAACACUGCAAGGCUUAUGGACACAUGUGGAAUGUCUGAAUGCAGGCCGUGCCAGCACAGCCCUGCGCUCUGCUUGGGACAGCUGGCUCUAGCAUCUGUGAGAUGCUGUUUAGCACAUAAGCAGGCAGGAGUGAAUAGAGUCAACGUGUUGACCUCUAUUACCUUGAACAUGUUUUACCAGAGGACUGAGGAAGCAGCUGGUGUACCAUAGCUGACUCUGGUUAUUUAUUUUAAGAUUAUUUUCUUAACAGGAGUGGACAUUUUGAACCCAGAUAGCUUUACAAAAUUAUUGAUGAAGGAAAAGAAGAGUUAAUAUAUACAUGUCUUGUAAAUAAACAUUUUGGUGCCAUG